UUUCCUUUCGUAUUCUUUUGACCCCUCUCUCUCUCUCUCUCUCUUUCUAGAAGAAAAACGAUAACUGGGAAUGUUCAUUCAUUCAUAUAAAUACAGCACAAAAACCACCGCCAGAGCACCACCACUCAACAAUCUUUAUAGUUUAAACCCUCCAAACUCUCUCUCUCUCUUCGUUCUAAUUUAGGGUUCAUCAAUUGCGAUGCCACAGGUUGAUUUGGAAACGCUGGUUUCAGCCUGUGCGGGCGGUGCCGCCGACCGGAAAAUCACCUGCGAGACCCUCGCGUACGGCGAUGAUCCCAUGGACUCGCCGCCGGAGUCGUUCUGGCUCUCCGGGGACGCGGAGUUCGAUUGGUGGGACCGGAACGCCGUCUACGAGAGAAGUGAAUCUACCAAAGGAAACUCAAUUUCCACGAACUUGAAUCCUAGCUCCAAUUCCAACUCUCAGCGAUUCUCCAAGAACUUGAAAUCCAAAGCCGCGAUCAUUGGCUUGCCAAUGCCUCAUAAAACUUCCUUCGCCGACGCAAAGAACCGCCGCAACCACAGGCCGGGAAACGCAAGGUUGUUUCCCAAGCGGAGCACGUCGGUCGGAGGAAAACCGGAAACAGCCGUGAUAGAACCUUCGUCCCCGAAGGUUUCGUGCAUGGGGAGAGUGAGAUCUAAGCGUGACCGGAAUCGCAGGUUGAGAACUCGUCAGAGGUCCAUUUCCUGCUCCUCCGCCACAGCCGUUGCAGCCGUCCCCGCCGUCAUCAGGCAAAAAUCGUCGCGUAGCCAAAGAAAGAAAACCGGUUUGUUUGAAAGAGUUCGCGCUAUUUUCCGGUCCGGCCGAAAAGGAAAACCGGUUCAGAAGCCCGAUCUUCCGCCGCGGGAUUCAUCAUCAAAGAAGAGAAGCUGCAGCAGGAAAGCGCGGGGUAGCAAUACGGCGAGCCGAAAAGACGCGUCGUUCGAAGAAUCGGUCCAAAGUGAACCGCUCGGUUUGGGUUCUAUGAACCGGUUCGCCUCCGGGAGACGGUCCGAACCGUGGGGAUUAGGUGACUCGGAAAUCCAACUGUCCCGUUAGGCAUUCGUUUUCAUGCCGUGCAAAUUCGGCGAUGGCUAUUAGUGGGGCCCAACUUUUUAAAUAGUUGUUAAAGGAUGACGUGGCACGUUGAAUAACGGUCUGUAACUGUUCCUCACUACUCUACUUUACUACUAUAGGUAGGUAAAUGUAGUUUUCUUUUGAAGCGUGUUUGAAUUUGCUGCCUCUUUUUUUUGUCCCCGUCUGUUUUUGCGUAACGACAGCGUUAUGUGGAUGUACAUAUGUGCCUUUUUGAAG